GUAGCACUACACAGACUACACACCAAACAUCAGUGUCAAAUUUUGCUAAAACAAAGUACCGAAAUUGAAUCGAAUUGUUGUGUUUAUCGAGUGUAUAGCAGGAAUAGAAUUUAAGAAAAAUGGAUUUGAUUAUAGCUAAUGUCGAUCACAUCGAAUUCAAGAUCGAACGGGACUUAAAUGAACAAUUCGGAGCAUUGCCACUGCCUUUUCCCGGCAUGGACAAGUCGACUGCUGCGGUUUGUCAAUUUUUCAACCGGAACGAUGGUGCCGAAUGCAUGCACGGCUUGUCCUGUCCAUUUCGUCAUAUCCGUGGUGAUCGCACAAUUGUAUGUAAACAUUGGCUUCGUGGCCUGUGCAAGAAGGGCGAUCAGUGUGAAUUCUUGCACGAGUACGAUAUGACCAAGAUGCCUGAAUGCUAUUUCUACUCACGAUUCAAUGCCUGCCACAACAAAGAGUGUCCAUUCUUGCAUAUCGAUCCAGAGAGUAAAAUCAAAGAUUGUCCUUGGUACGACAGAGGAUUCUGUAGACAUGGGCCACAUUGUCGACAUCGUCACGUCCGUCGAGUACUAUGCACAAAUUAUUUGGCCGGCUUCUGUCCGGAUGGUGAAUUGUGCAAGUAUAUGCAUCCACGGUUUGAGCUGCCACCAGCACCAGAAAUACCAAAAGAUCAAAUAAAACGACCGCCGACUUGUCAUUUCUGUGGUGAAUUGGGUCAUAAAGCUGUACAUUGUCAGAAGAUGCCGCCGGAGCAACGUGAAGCCUCACUACGCCAGGAAGAAGCCAAAUUUCGAGCACUUGGUUACAUGCGACAUACGCCGAACGAAGAACGCGGUCCACCUCGACCACUGGAAGAAAUUACAUGCUACAAAUGUGGAUCGAAAGGACAUUACGCGAAUAAAUGUCCCAAGGGGCACUUGGCCUUUCUAUCGAAUCAUCAUCAAAAUAAAAAUCCAGCCCAUCAAAGCGUUAAGUAACAAGUUUGUAUAUUUCGAAAAAAGAAAAGAAAAAAUUAUUCGGGAAAGAAAGA